GGGAAAGUCAAUUUGUCUGCUUAAGUAAAAAGUUAUUUGCUGGAUAGUUCACCAGGGGCCACCUUAACAAUGUUCUCUCGUGAGGAGAUUAUAGCAGUGAAGAACAUCCCAUCAACACGAAAGCUUAUGGCCAAAUUACCGGUGCUUCUAGAACAAGAGAAAUCUAAUACCAAGACCAAAGGAAAAGCACCAAUGGAGAGCGACAAUGCAAAGAGGCAUAAGAAAAGGAAGACACAACCAGAAAUGAAGAUGCAGCUUCAAAGUGGGGGAAAUGUUGCUCUGAUCGAGAGUUGUUGGAAAGAUCUGAGUGUGCAGAUUGAGCAAAGGAUAGCCAAGGCUUGUCUCAUCAUUUCCAUGUUGCGAAGGAUUGAAGAAAUACUCAUAAAUCUGCCCGCAACAAACCGUGCUAUCAUUCAACCCUCUUUUUCCAGUCUUUGUGCUGAAACUGACGCCGUCAUAAGUAAAAUAACAGAUUGUAUGAAGAUGCAGUGUGAUGAGAAUCAAAGCCAUUCAAGUGUCCGUUUUCAUAAACUUGCUACAAGUACCACAAUGGAACCGUCUUUUUAGCAAUUUGUCCGAGGUUUUUUGUUAUUACCCAAAUGCAAUAGCGAGCAGCCUAUUUGCAGAAAAAGUUAAAAACUUAUAGCAGAUUUGGGCUCACGAAAGAGUGUAUGCUUUUUUGCUGCUAUGAUGCACACUGAUGACAUUAAUCGUCGUCUACUAUCUUGCGGCUCAUAUCUUAUGAUCAUCGGAGUGUACGUAGUGACAUACAUACAUUAUAAGAUAUUUUUGAACAAUAUAACAAUUAAGGAAUCCUUAAGUACAUAGAACUUUUGGGAUUUUAGGUUUCUGCCACCAAACUUUUAUUUUUUACAU